CUAUAUAUAACUGGAGAAGACCGUGUGACUUCAUUGCACCAUCAACACUAUCCUAAACAACAGCACCACGCGUGAAGUACGAUCAGAAAUCGUUUCCCAGAAACGAUAAAGAGAGUGUCUGACGAGACUACUAGAAGAGGUGAGAACAUGGAGGAGACCUCGAUUAUUAUCAUUGAUAAACUGCGUCAGUUGCCUCCUGCUAAGCCAAAGAGUUAUAUAUUUAAGGUUCAUCACGAACUAUGUGCUGCGAAUAAAGAGGUGUACGAGCCUGUGUUGGUUUCGAUUGGACCAUACUAUCAUUAUAAACGCAAGAGUCAACUUCAAUAUAUGGAACAACAUGAGUUGCGCUGCCUAAACGAUCUGCUUACACGAAAGGAGGAGCAAGGAGUCGCAACCAGAUCUGACCAAAUAAGGAAGUAUCUUGGGGUUUUGGAAGGAUUGGAAGAUAAGGCUCGUGGUUACUAUGCGGAUCCCGUCGAUCUUAAGAAAAAUGACUUCCUAGAAAUGUUGUUACUGGAUGGCUGCUUUAUCAUUGAGCUGUUCCGUAAAGCUGAUUGGAGUCGUAAUGAAGAGGAAAGAGAAACGGACCCUCUCUUUGAAGCUGAUUGGGUAGCUGCGUCCUUAGGGAGGGAUUUAACGCUACUUGAAAAUCAAAUUCCAUUCAUUGUUCUGCUGGAACUUUAUUCUAUGAUUGGUGAUCGGCCUGACCCGCUCGACCUUAUUAAAAUGGCAGUGAGUUAUCUCCCAGUACCUGAUACAUUACCUUCAGGGAUAUUAAAUCGAGAGAAACUCAGCGAUAUUAAGCAUAUUUUGGAUCUUGUCCGCAAGUUGAUGUUGGUUGAGGAGAUCUUGGAAAUGAAAGAUAAAAGUGCCUCGACAGAAUCCACUUCUGGGAGUGUCAAAAAGUACAUUUUGGAUCUUGUCCGCAAGUUCAGGCUGGUUAAGGAGAUCUUGGAAAGGACAGAUGAAAGUGCCACUUCUGUGAGUAUCAAAAAGUAAAAAUAUUCUGCCACAGAGCUGCGUGAAUUAGGAGUUAGAUUCAAGAGUGUGAAGAAAAGCAAGUUUUAUGAUAUCACAUUUGAAAAUGGGUUUUUAGAGAUUCCAGUCAUCCAAAUAGAAGAUGGUACAGAAGGGCUAUUUCGAAAUUUAAUCGCAUAUGAAGAACAUUAUGUCGGAGAAAAUAAAUAUGUAGGAGACUACAUGAGUUUCAUGGACGGUCUGGUAAAUAAACCAAAGGAUGUUGAGCUGCUUCGGCACCGCGGGAUAAUCGAAAGCUUCAUGGGUGAUGAUGAAGUUGUCGCUGCCAUGUUCAACAAUAUGUGUAAACAUAGGAUCCUGUCGAACUACUACUAAGUCUACUAUGCAGAAAUAGUUGACAAACUGACAAAGCAUUGCAGCAAGAGGCGACAUGUUUGGAUGGCGAAGUUAAGGAGAAAUCAUCUUAGCAGCCCAUGGACAAUCUUGUCAGUUCUAGCAGCAUUGAUCCUACUCAUCUUAACUAUCACACAAACUGUCUACACUGCUCUCUCAUUCUACAAUGCAAAUUAGGGAUCCAAGUCAUGGGAGGGACUAUAAGGCUUGUGAAUCUUUCCCCAUUGCUUGCUUGUGUGAGUCCUUUCCUUUGAAUGUGCUGGUCUAGCCCCCGUUUCACAUCAUUCCCCAUCAGAUCUGCAAUAUUGCAUUACUUCCGCAGCCGUCUGUGCCUGUGCCAUCACCUGCUCGUCCUGCUCUAAUAAGCGAAUUCACCAUUGUCUCACGAGCCCCACAUUCCUCAUCUUGCCACUGUCUCAGACAGUUGCCAGGAGCAGCCUCUCUAGAUCCCUUCACCUGAUGAAGUUCCUUGUGGAUUUUCAGUACUUAUCGCUUUACCUUUUUCUUCUCACAUUUGUUUUUGUUUCCUUUUCGUUAAGCGGGACGCUGCUUUCUUUCUAUGCAAAUAAAAAUUAUUGGUCGCUUGGAGGUUUGUUGAAAAUUUCGUGCCUGCAUGUUGCUUAAUUAAAAAAAAAAAAAUUGUUGCUUCAGUGCACCUUGGUUA